UACACGAGAUGUGCUCACACCGUGAUGUAACGCGGCUGCCGGGCGAGUGACCGGCGAGCGAGCGAGCGCACACGAGCGCGCCCGAGCGGCCCCGAGCCGGCGCAGUACCGCGCGCGCCGCGACCGAGCGAACCUGUGUCGGUUCGUGCCACGUUCGUGCUCGCCGCUCGCUUGCUAUAUAAAUAAUUAUAAUUUAUCGAACAAGGCGCGCGGCGGCGCCGGGUGGCGCGCUAGUUCGGUGUGAGUGUGCGCGGGGGCGGGGGGCGCGGUAUCGACGUGCGACCUUGACAUUGCGCGCGAGCGAGAGGCGCGAUGGAGGAGCGCCUGGAGUGGUCGGCCUCCGCCAUGGUGCGGCUGCUGCACGAGUACAGGCAGCGCAGGGAGCUGUGGUGCAAGGCGCACCCCCUCUACAGGGAGCCCUCCACUAAGUACGAGUCCUGGUCCGACCUGGCGGCACAAUUCGAAUGUCCCAUUGCAGAAAUACGGAAAAAGUUAAACUCGAUAUUCGCCUCAUACCGUAGAGAGAAGAUUAAAAUACGGCAGGGCGGCAAAACACACUGGUUCCUGUACGACUACCUGAAGUUCUUGCCGAACCACGUGGAACCAGCGCCGCGGCCGGCUGCCGACAGCGGCUCUCAGCAGGUACCGGCCUCUUCAAAUUGUGCAACGGAAUCGAAAUCCGGCGAGUCAUCGGAUAAUAACGAAGAAGAUGAUGCAGAGGCAGAAGCAGCAGGAGAAGAAGAAGAAGAGCCGAUGGAGGAACAGGAACAGGUCAUAAUCAAAGAGGAGCCGAGCACCUCGGAGACAUACAACGACGCCGCGGUACAUGUGCAGACACCGCCCUCACCGGCCUCGGCGCCCUCACCGCCCUCAUCACCCGCGCCGCCCGCGCAGCCACGGAGACGAGGCCGACCCAGACCGUACACGAGGACCAAACUAGCACAGCCCAUGAAACGGAAGCUACCGACAGACCACGACUCCCUGGACGACAAGCUCGUAGAGACUCUGAAGCUGUUGAAGAAAUCAGAACUGUCGCGGAAGAAAGACGAGUGUGACAGCUUCGGAGAGUACAUCGCGAUGUCUCUGCGGAAGCACGACGAGCGCACGCAGAGCAUGAUCAAGCAGGCCAUCAACAACAUCCUGUUCGAGCAGGAGAUGCGGCUGUACAGCGGGGGGCAGUACACCGUGCUGCUCACGGGCCCCGAGGAGAACCCGCUCGUCUUCGAGGCGAAGUGAAUACUUGUGGGACCUGCGUGUGUCCUGUGUCCGUAGUAGCAAUGUGGCACACAUUCUGGUCGAAUAGAAUAGACAAGUCUAUUGAACAUAUAUAAUGGACAAUCUCAAUGGUUCAAUGAUUACUUAACCCUUCCAUUCCAUUUUAUUGUAUUCUGUUCCUUCUACUCUACAUUUCUUUGCUAUGAUGCUACUACCUUAUCCUAUUCCGUCCAGUUCUACUUCGUUCCAUUCUACUGUAUACGACCAGCGUGUGCCAUCUAGCUACUAACCCGUGCUGUGACAUGUGUGUAUAGACUGAUUACAAUAUUUUUGUAAAGUUAUAAGAAAAGUUUCCUUAUAAUGUAAGUAUGUUCUGUAUGUAGAUUGGAAUUGUUACUGUCUGCAAGUUGAUUUUAUUAGUUUCUUAAUUAUACAGACAUCAGUUGGAAA